AUGUUGUACAACUAUUGAUACUUGAGCAAGCUAUGCAGUUUGCAUCUAUAUCACUGCAUGCUCUACAGCUGCCUUCAACCUCGACAAAACCAUCUAGACAUGCAUUACAAACUGGGCCAUUUGUGCAAGAUUUACAAGCGGUUAGAGCGUCACUGCAUUUUUUACAGCUUGAGCCGUCGACAUAGUAGCCUGAGUUACAUUCUGUGCAAGUAG